AUGAAAAGCAGUCACACAGGGCUUCGAAGGCUGCUGGAAUUCUCCCCAAACCUUGGUGCUUUGGACGGCAAGCAUGUUGCAAUCAAGUGCCCUGAGGAUAGUGGGUCAAUAUUUUACAACUACCAGUGUUUCUACUCUAUUGUACUCAUGGCCCUGGUCGACGCCAAGUACAGAUUUGUGUGGAUAGAUGUCGGAAACGAAACCUCUGAUGCACAGCUCUUCAACUCGUGUGAACUAAAACAACGUCUUAAAUCUGAAAUCCUUGGAGUGCCUCUGCCAGAGCCUCUGUCCAACGAUGAUGAAGACAUCCCCUACUUCUUUGUGGCAGACGAGACCUUCGCCAUGACAACAUGGCCAAUGAAGCCGUACGCAAGGAGGGCUAUGGCUAAACAAGAGAGAAUUUACAACUACCGGCUGUCCCAGGCAAGGAGAUUGGUGGAGAAUGCUUUCGGCAUUCCUACCAACCGAUUUCAGUGCCUGCUGAGUACUGACCACUCUCCGACAAACCCCUUCAACCGUCAGGACCAUGGUAUAGGCAAGCUCCUUCUGUUGGUCACUUGA